AUGCAACUGCUCAGGUGUCGAUUGCUGCUCCUGCUGGCCACUGCAGCCUGUGCGCUGGCCACGCCCACACUGGAUAAAUUUCAAGGAAAGGCAGCGCUUGUGCAGGAGCAACUUUCCAAUCUACCAGAUCCAGUGCAGCUGCUAAGCCAACUGCCCGUCAAGUUAAUCAAUUCCAAGCCGAUGCUCGUGAAGCCAGCGCUAUUGCAGGAGAAGCUUUCCAAUCUACCAGAUCCAGUGCAGCUACUAAGCCAACUGCCCGCCAAGCUGAAGUCGAAGCCAGUGUUUCUGAAAUCCCAAGGGAAGGUAAUGCUUCUGCAGGAGAAACUCUCCAGUCUGCCAGAUCCAGUGCAGCUUCUAAGCCAAUUGCCCGCCAAGUUCGUCAAGCCCAAGCCGGUGUUCGUGAAGCCCGUCGUCGUGAAGCCCAUUGUCGUGGUCAAGCCGGUGAUUGUUGGUGGUGGAGGCGCCGGGGGCGGAGGCGGAGGUGGCCACGGUCAUGGACAUGGGCAUGGACAUGGACAUCAUGGCUAA